AAAAGCCUUAUAUUAGAAAAAUACGAGAACACAUUUAAUCUUAUUUGGAUGCUUUUGUGAAGAAUUGUGCGGUCUGUUCAGUAGUCCAUUGAAUGAAGGGGAAUCCACAUGGCAGUGAUGCAGAAGAAAGCGUUUCAUUCGUACCAUCCACAGCAAACCUGCCAAACACGUUUCCAUUCAUCCUAAUGAAAUGCUGAAACCCAUUCAAACACAGCAAAGCUGUCCGAAAGCGAAAGACAUCAGCUGACCUGUUCUGUCAUUCAUUUACCUGGGAAAAUGGUACUUUUGGAAUCAUUGUGUAAUAAGCGCUUACAGGGAAGCUAAGCUAUACAGCCUCUGAAUGCUAUAUAUUUCUUUAAUAAACCGUCUAUAGGUUAUUCAGACAGAAGAAGCUAAGCAGCCAGUGUGCUCAGCUCUCAGACAGCAGCUAAAUCUAGCAAACACACGUUCAGGAAGACGAGAGAGGAUGAGAUUGUGGAACAGAAGGGUGUGAGAGGCGGAGUUUGAGUUCAAAAAAAGUAGGUUGUCUGCUUCUACUCAGUUUGUGGGUUUUAACACACAGAAUAAGUAGCAGGAAUCGCAGUUUGCUCUAAGGAUUGUGGAUCUCCAGUAUAUCUUUGCGAGUUGAACAAGAACAUCAUUUGAAGGUCAUUUCAUCUGACAGUCUAAAGAGGAAAUGUGCUUCUGCUGAGUGAUGUUUAACAAAAGGACUUUCAUCCCUUGAGCGCUGAUGGCGAGUAUCACGGGCUCAGAUGUGCUCAUUAACCGGAAGAAUAUUAGAAAUAUGCAAGAUGUCUGUGAGCAGUAUCCGAAGGACAAACCAAAAUUUGACUGGCUUACCAAGUACCGUAAGAUGUCAAAAGGAGCUCGAUCACUGAGAAAGUCAACUGGAGCGACGACUGUCAAGAUGAGACACGUUAAGAAAUCACAGAGAGCAGACGCAGCCAACAGCAGCAGACAGAUGAAAGAGGACGAACGGACCAGAGGAGAGAGCGUGUAUGACAGUCAGGAGAGAGUGAGGAGUGAGGUGAGAGAUGAGCUGAUCCGAAACUCCCAGCCCAUCCUGUCAAAUAAAUCCCAGAUGCUCGGCAUGCCCCAGUUCGGCCUGCGGGAUAACCUCAUCAAGUGUGAGCUCCUCAAGAACGAGGACGCCUACACCUACAUCCAGAACUACAGCUUUUUCUUGGGCACCUACAAUGUGAAUGGCCAGAAUCCAAAGGAAAGUCUCAGUCCAUGGCUCACAUCCAGCACCACUCCUCCAGACUUUUACCUUGUGGCCUUCCAGGAGCUGGAUCUGAGUAAGGAGGCGUUUCUCUUCAAUGACACUCCUAAAGAGCCCGAGUGGAUGUUAGCCGUCUACAAGGGCCUCCAUCCAGAUGCCAAGUACGCUUUUGUGAAGCUGGUGCGGUUGGUGGGCAUCAUGCUGUUGUUCUAUGUGAAGAUGGAGCAUGCAGCACACAUCUCUGAGGUGGAGGUGGAGAGCGUCGGCACAGGCGUCAUGGGACGGCUGGGUAAUAAAGGUGCAGUAGCAGUCCGCUUCCAGUUUCACAACUCGGACAUCUGUGUGGUGAACUCCCACCUCGCCGCGCACACAGAAGACUUUGAAAGACGCAAUCAGGACUUCAAGGACAUUUGUCGCAGGAUGCAGUUCGGCCAGGAUGACCUCACACUGCCACCCCUCACCAUCAUGAAACACAGUGUUGUGUUGUGGCUGGGAGAUCUAAACUACCGAAUCAGUGACCUUGAAGUGGAUCAUGUGAAGGACUUGAUAGCUAAGAAGGAUUUUGAGACCCUUUAUAAUCACGACCAGUUGAAACGACAGAUGGAUGAAGAGGUUGUGUUUGUGGGCUUCACGGAGGGAGACAUUGAUUUCCAACCAACAUACAAAUACGACACCGGCUCAGAUCAGUGGGACACAAGUGAGAAGUGUCGAGUUCCAGCAUGGUGUGACCGCAUCCUGUGGAGGGGAAAGAACAUUAAACAGCUUCGGUACCAGAGUCACAUGACCCUGAAGACCAGCGACCACAAACCCGUCAGCUCUCUGCUAGAGAUCGGGAUCAAGGUCGUGAACGAGGAGUCCUACAAACAGACGUUCGAAGAGAUCGUGAGGCACAUCGACCGACUGGAGAACGAUUGUAUUCCUUCAGUGUCUCUGUCUCAGAGAGAAUUCCAGUUCCAGGAUGUGAAGUUCAUGCAGCAACAGGCAAAGACUGUGACCGUCUAUAAUGAUGGACAGGUGCCGUGUCAGUUUGAGUUCAUUCCCAAGCUGGACGAGCCCACCUACUGCAAGCCCUGGUUAACAGCAAACCCUGCUAAAGGCUUCCUGGCUCAGGGUGCCAGCGUGGACAUCGACCUGGAGGUGUUUGUGAACCGCUCUACAGCCCCAGAGCUGAACUCAGGCCAGCAGCAGCUGGAGGACAUCCUGGUUCUGCAUCUGGACAGGGGGAAAGACUACUUCAUCUCCGUCACAGGCAACUACCUGCCCAGCUGCUUCGGCUCGUCUCUCAGUACCCUGUGCCUGCUGAGAGAGCCCAUCCAGGACAUGCCCCUGGAGACCAUCAGAGAGCUGAGUAUGAAGUCAGAUAUCCAGGGCAGAAACCCAGAGACUGAUAAACCUCAAGGAAUCCCCAAGGAGAUAUGGAUGAUGGUGGACCAUCUCUUCCGUAAUGCUAAAAAACAGGAAGAGCUCUUUCAACAGCCCGGCCUGCGCAGCGAGUUCGAGGAGAUUCGGGAUUGUUUGGACACGGGCAGCUUAGACUCUCUGCCUGGCAGUAACCACUCUGUGGCUGAAGCCCUGCUCCUGUUCCUCGAUGCUCUUCCUGAACCGGUGAUCCCCUUCUCCUUCUACCCGCAGUGCUUGGAGUGCUGCUCUGACAGCAGUCAGUGUAGACAGAUCAUUUCUAUGCUACCUCAGUGUCAUAAAAAUGUUUUUAACUACCUGAUGCCCUUUCUUCAAGAGUUGUUGAAGUUCUCUGCACACAAUCGGCUGGAUAUCAAUAUUUUAGCCCAGAUCUUCGCUGGCCUUUUGCUCAGGUCUCCAACAAAGCAAGAUUUUACAGAGAAAAGAAAGGUGAAGGAGUUUUUCCAGCAGUUCUUGGUCCAGAUGCCCUCUGACAGAGACAUUCAUGAUAAAUCACCUGAAUAAUGAACUGCGUCAUGUCGCCUUGAUUAUUUCACUCGCCUGUUUUAUUCCAGGUUUCAGCAGAAUUAUGUCCAUAUAUGAAACUUUGUAGUUGCCAUUUAAUUUAACACAUUUUAAACCGAUAUUGAAGCUAAUUUGUAUUAUUACGAAGCAAAUGGGAGUUUUAUUUGAAGAAUAAUGGUUAUUUAAUUAAAUAUAUUUGUAUUUUGAUGUUUGUAAAUAAAAAACAGUUGUUCUUUUAUAUUAAAUCUCAACAAUUAUCACAA